AUGGCACCCAAGACGACAAAAGCUGGCUCCAAAAAGGCCCAGGACGCUGCCAAGGCUGUUCUGAAAGGCGUGCACUCGCGCAAGAAUGUCAAGACGCACACGUCCACGUCGUUCCACCGGCCGAAAACCCUGGUCCUGUCCCGCUCGCCCAAGUAUAUGCGCAAGUCGAUUGUGCACGAGCCCCGGCUUGAUGCUCACCGCGUCGUCAUCCACCCGCUGAAUACCGAAAGCGCGAUGAAGAAGAUGGAGGAGCACAACACUCUGGUCUUCAUUGUCGACGUCCGCGCCAACAAGUCCCAAAUCAAGGCCAGCUUGAAGCAGCUCUACGAUAUUGACUGCGUCAAGAUCAACACUCUUAUCCGCCCUGACGGCCAGAAGAAGGCGUAUUGCCGUCUUACUCCGGAUGUGGACGCCUUGGACAUUGCUGCCAACAAGCUGUCCUUGGUUUAA